AACUGACUGACGCGGAAUACACUUGUCAUUGACCUUGACAUCUGUAUUACUGUAUUUUGAUUCUUGCGUUUCGAGUUUUAGGCUGCAUAUUUCCCAUAUAUUCAGCUUGACGCCUUCGUGUUUCCAGCACUCAAAGAAGAAACUAUUGCAUAUUGAAGUUCAUUAUGUGGAAGUCCCUGACUUUCUCGCUAUCAUCAGCCUUCAGUCUCGUAAGUCAGUUAUACUAACUGUGAUAAGAAUUCAUGUUAACACACUGGAUAUGUAAUAGAAUUCUAUCACUAACCAUUUGCAUUUUCUGACGCAACUUUAGUUAAUAUUCCUAUUUCGGCCUAUGUGCGGAACUCUCGGAAGUUCCGCACCACUGUCUUCAUACUCUGAUUUAAACUUUUAGUACGGAUUUUCUCACACAUCCCCAAGCUGAAAGAUUCAUGCUUGUCAGUAAUAAAGAAAGGUUAACUGAAUGAAUGUACAUGAGUCUACACCAGCUAAACAAAUCUACCUGGUCUGUUUAUUGAUCAGAAUGUCUAUUAAAGGUGGUUGGUAUAGAAUAUAGUUCUGUUAGAAAGUCUCGUUGCUCUUUUAGUCACAUUUUUUAACGUACAUCUUCCGUAGAUCUUUUCCAACAACUCUAGUUCAAGCACAUUACAUGAAUUCCUUGCACUGUUUUAUCCUUUCAGACCCAAUGGGUCACGACUGGCCCUUUGUUCGUUGCGCUUCAACUGCAGCGGAAUCAGCUCCACUUAUGAAGACCUUUUCCAUUUACAGAUGGAACCCAGAUAAACGUGGCGAAAAACCCACUAUGCAAAAUUAUCAAGUCGAUCUUAAUGAUUGCGGACCCAUGGUCUUGGAUGCUUUAAUCAAGAUAAAGAAUGAACAGGAUCCUACUCUGACAUUUCGACGUUCUUGCCGUGAGGGCAUAUGUGGUUCUUGUGCAAUGAAUAUAGAGGGUCGUAAUCACCUUGCCUGUAUAUGGGAAAUAGAUCCAGAUGUUAGCAAGACAACUAAAAUAUAUCCAUUGCCUCAUAUGUACGUAAUUAAGGAUCUAAUUCCAGAUAUGAAUAAUUUUUAUGCUCAGUACCGUUUUAUUGAGCCUUAUUUAAAGAAAAAGAAUGUGUCUGAAGAAGAUAUUGGGAAAAAGACUUAUUAUCAGUCAGUGGAAGACAGAGCAAAGUUAGAUGGGCUUUAUGAAUGCAUUUUGUGUGCCUGUUGUUCUACUUCGUGUCCAUCUUAUUGGUGGAAUGGUGAUAAGUAUUUGGGUCCCGCUGUCCUACUUCAGGCUUACAGAUGGUUAGUCGAUUCACGUGAUGAUUAUACGUAUGAACGUUUGGCUGAGUUCCAAAACAAGUGGUCACUUUAUCGAUGUCAUACUAUUAUGAAUUGCACAGAAACUUGCCCAAAAGGAUUGAAUCCUGGUUUGGCUAUUGGAGAGAUUAAGAAAAUGCUAAUCUAUUUCAAUCAGUAUAAACACAAGAAACCGGAGACGAGAACUGUCUAGACCAUAUAAUCUCAUUAAUCACGUAUUUUCUCGAAUUCGGUUAACUUACUGACUAUUUAUAGUGAAUCCCCAUUAAUUUUUCUCCAAUUUUUAAUUUAAUUUAUAAAUACGAA